AAGGAUGAAAGUAUUUCGUGGGGGUAAAAGCUGACUGGGAAAGUAAAUAUUUCAAAGCGCGGAAAACACACUUGAAGGCGGAAAGUGCAAAUAGUCACGGAAAAGAAAACAUAUUGUGCCAAGGGGUUAAGGAAACGUUUGCGAUCGAUCGAGAUUAGGAUUGACGCGGCUCGCGGCGCUCGUGGCAGGCGAUGGUAGUCUGGCCGCAGUGCCGCACCCGCUAGAGUGGCCACCGCUGCUGGCGCUGGCGCAUUCUGUGCAUCAUACUUCAUACUUUAUACUUUUCUUCAUGCAGAGUCUCUUCUGGAAGGCGGAGACCAAACCAGGGACGUCACUAGCUCAGCCAUGCAGCCUUGGGCGGCGCUACGGGCGUGGGCUGUAGUGAAGUGGGUGUGCUUACCGAACAUCUUGCUGCUGGCCGCCGCCACCGCCUCUGUGGGUAGUGGUGGCAGCGGGCACGCCGCGCUGUGGAGGCACGUCUUGGUGGAGCCACCGUGGCUCAAGACAACCGUCACCCAGACGCCGCGGAACCUGAGCCUCAUCCCCUGCGGCGCGGCGUGCAUAAGGCAAGACUGGUGCCGUCUGUGGUGCCACGAGGCGCCCCGCGGGUGCCUGCUCACCUCUCUCACCGCCUCGGCUUCCUACGAGCCCGCACAGCCAGACGGCGCCCUCUCCUGCUACACCAGCCGCCCACCGGACCUCACCGUGGGCGCUAAUAUCACCUCCUCGCCUCACUUCCAUCCAGAUAUUAAGCGGAGGGAGAACCUAGUUGAUGGCAUUUUCAGCAGCGACAUGUACGAUUGUGCAAUUGUGAAUACAGACAACGGGGUGACCCCUUGGUUCCUGCUGGACUUAGGAGCCACUGUUCCCGUGUCUGAGGUGGUGUUGGUGACUCAACCGAACGAGAAGGCCCCAUAUUUUUUCAAAGACGUUGAGGUGAGGGUCGGCGACGUGGAGAUGUCAGGAGACUUUACCACAUACCAGCUGCUGGGAACCUACCCCGGCCCCGCCCAGCCGGAGCAGACCGUCGUGCUGCGCCCCGCCGCGCCUAUCACAGGUCGCUACGUCUCCAUACAGCGAACCACGGUCCCUGCACUCCAGAUCGCUCACCUCGAGAUACGCUGAGUUUUGACCGCAAGAAUAAGCGUUUCCCUUUAAUGGCGUGAGGCACAGUUUGGUCAAACAGGACAGCGUCAUGUGAAGGGUGUCCCGCCGCACAUAUCUGGUGCGGAGAAUCCAUCAACCCCAAAACACUCGGCUUAAACUAUUGAAAGGACAGGUUUUGAUGUGCUCAGGAUCUUUCUGAUGAUAGAUUUAUCAAAUUUAUAGUAUGAAGAAAGAAUAAAAUGUCAAAACAAACAAAUAAAAAAUCUAGAUAUUUCACCUUAGAAUAGUUCCUAUUGUGUUUUAAAUAGCACCGCCAGCACUACG